AAUUUGGUUAUACUGGAUGAACAGCUUCAAUAAAGUGUCCUUUCAAUAGAGUUAUUAAACGACUAUCCAGUGCGAGAUAAAGCAAUCCGUUCCUUCGCCCCCGGCGUUGCCAGGACCUCCAUCAAGCUCCUGGAAAGGUCUUCUCAAUUACUCCACGGCAAGCGGAAGAGUGUGCGAGAGAAAUGGCCCCAAUUUAGACAGGCCCCGCAGGCUGAUCCUGACGGUAUCAGCCCAAAGUACUCGGGACUAAUUGCAUUCGGUCAGCCUGGGCUAUAAAGCCACUCACCCAGAGCCGGUUGCGUGAGCCGGACACAGCCAAGCAUUUCCCUAGCCAUGAGCGCCAAUGGUAUCGCGGCUGUGGCCGAAAGCUACCAGAAGUUCAACCCUCGGGCCUACCUGCAAAACAACUACAUGCCACCCCGUGCCAACUUUGCGAGCGAAGAGUUUGCAGUGCCCUGGAAACUUCGCUGCCUGGCAGAUGCCUUUGCCACAGGGGAAAUCUGCGGCCGCACCCUUAUUGAUAUUGGCACAGGCCCCACCAUUUAUCAGCUCCUCAGUGCCUGCGACUACUUUGAGGAGAUAGUGGCCACAGACUACCUGGAAGUGAAUCGGGCCGAGAUAAAGAACUGGCUGCUCGGUGAAGACUCCAGCUGCUUUGACUGGUCCCCUUACAUCCAGUAUACUUGUAAGAUUGAAGGCAAUGGGGAACCAUGGAAGGAAAAAGAGCAAAAGCUGAAGAAGAAACUCAGAAGGAUCCUUCCCAUCGAUGUCCACCAGGCCAAACCUCUAGGUUCCUCUCUCAGCCAGCCAGCCGAUGCUUUGGUCUCGGCUUUCUGCCUGGAAGCCGUGAGCCCUGACCGGCCGAGUUUCGACCGGGCCCUGCGGAACGUCACAACGCUUCUCAAGCCUGGUGGCCACUUCCUCAUGAUCGGGGCUUUGGAUGAGUCCUUCUAUUUGGCUGGAGAAGCCAAGCUGUCGGUUGUGCCCGUCAGCGAGGCAGAUGUCAAGGAAUCCUUCGCCAAGAGUGGCUAUCGCACCCGCAGCUUCCGCUCCUACGUCAUGCCGCCGAGUCUGAAGAUUGGCGUGGAUGACGUGCAAGGAAUCUUCUUCAUCCAUGCGCAGAAGACAGCCUGAUCCCAGCUCGCCUAGCAGAAACACACACACAAGGCCCUUGCCCCCUAAAACCCAGCUUAUUGCAUGCUGCUCCUGUUCUUUUCUGUAUUGCUGCUCCUGUGCUGAUAACUGAUCCUCUGUUCUGUGAGUGCAAAUAAGUGUGUGUUCACGUCCACACCAUACAUUUAACACGUUUAAAGCAUAUGGCUUUCCCCCGAACUGUAGUUUAUCCCUCACAGAUCUAGAGUUCCCAGCACCCUUAACAAACUACAGUUUGCAGAAUUCUUUGGGAGGAAGCUAGAUGCUUAAAAUGUUUUCUUGCAUGGUUCACACAGAUCAAAAUGUCAGCCUGUUGUUUCCCCCCCCCACACACACCUUUAAUCCAGACUUACUAUUUCUGUGGAAAAUCUAGUGCUGAAAUCUAAACAAAAAUCCUGUUGCGGACAGCCCUUUCGUGACAUCUGAAUGACCUGUUUGCAAUAUCAAGCCCCCCCCCCCCCCAUUUAUUGCAAAGCGCUUGACGUUUCUUGUAAACUACUUAGAGUUUUUACUACGAUUAAGUGGUAUAUAAAUUUUGUUAUGAAAUAAAUCUGGAAGUACCUUUCCUUGGUACACGUUCCUUAGGACAUGAAGCAGGAUGGAGGUUUCCCAAAUGUUGACCUUUUUACUUUCCAUAUUGACUCUUCUGCCAAGGUAUCCUAGCACGUUGCAGAAGAUUCUGAGGUAUGGCCUGUGCUAGGCUCUCGUCUUCCUGUGUGAGGCACUAGCCAGGCCUCUUGGGCUUCAGAAAGUGCAACGCAGAACAGAGCCGUCAGUCCCCUGUAUUCCCUGCUCAUUGCAGGAGAAAAUCAGUAGUAUGGUACAGGCAAAACCUCUAUUUCAAGUAAGCUUUGCGGCCAUUAUUAUUCCCUUUCCUGCCAAUGUUCAGGCAGAAGGUCUUGUUGCUUGUGUAGGUAAAAAGCACCACUCACACACAAGAGGGAGGUACCAGAAGGCUUGAGGUGAACCUUAAGUUUUGGGUAGAAGCACAAAAGUAAAUAAAUCCCUGCACAUAUUUGUCAGGGACAAGGGUUGUAGUCAGGAAAUCCUAACAUGUUGGUUUUCAGUGUGCAAUGUUUCGUAAUGGAGCAGCAUUUUGUAAUAUGAGCCCUCCGCUCGCCCAGUACAACCCAGACACUGGUUUAUUACUGUACCUGUUUGCGACACAAAGGCAGAAAUCUAAGAGGGAAAUCUCUUGCUGAGGAGAACAUGUCGCUAGAGUCUGAAUUAGGCGUGGCAGUCCAGAGAUUUAAAAAAACAACAACGGAGGCAUCCGAGGACAAAAUUAAGUGCUUCACCAGACGUGUUUCGAUUUCUUAUUUAAAUAGCAGCUGCUGGUGGGCGGAUAUCAGAUUGGGAUGUUGUUGUUUUAAAAACCCUUCCUUCUGUGGCACAGUCCAGGUUAAGGGGAUGUUCACAAUACCACAUACCAGUGCGCUCCCACUGCUAGGUUUUUAGCUUUCACACAACACUAGCCACAUUCGAGAUUAAGCCAGUGGUUUUCCUCACAAACGCUGCUGUCUGAUGCAUCCCCCCCACCAAUCCAAUUAGAAAACUGAAUGCGGAAUAAGCAGUAAUAUGAACGUUUGAGGCAGCCGUCACACAUGUGCAGAUGAGUGCAAAUGCUCCAUGAAUGUUCCAGGGGGAAGUGACAGGGCCAGGAAACCAAAAAGCUUCUGUGCAUCAGGCAAAGGCACCCCCUCCCAAUGGAGGCCAGACAGGCCCCCUCCCUACUGAAUUUCCGGAGACAUUUUUUAAAAUUCCAGCAGGCAUGGUAAUUAAAUUUUGACUUCAUAGUCUUAACUCGUUUUUACUUGUUGCCUUGUAUCCUUGAGAUGGCUGUAGCUAAGUGGCAUAUAAAUUGUUUAAACAAACAAAAUUAAUAAAAUGCAUCCUUAACAACAAGAAGAAUAUUCCGUUUGCAAAAUGUAUCUCUGCUCGCCAAGAACAUGGGUGAGCUUUCAGGCACAGAGGUAGGAACGUAGGAGGGGGCCUCCUACGAAGUCCAGACUUAUGCAUCUCAAUAUCAAGUCCAUUUAGCCCGGGAUAAUAUGUCCUGACUGACAA